GUCCCCAAUAGCUCACCAUUGCAAAUACUCUCAGUUAGGUGAUUUAUGAUGCUGACGUCACACAAACAUAUUGAACGUCUGCAAUGGCAGACCAAAUUAAUUAAUUAUUUCUUAUGCGAACUUCUUAAUUAAUGAACUAUUCUAUCAGUUCUAUGAUCAAUAAUCUAUACUAAAAAUUAUUUUCUCGUAAUUGUCUGUAUUUAUACACACGAUUCUGUAGUUCUGCUUAACAACCAAACCCUAGGUUAGUCUUUUCUUGUCCAAUUGAUCUACAACUUCUUCAAGAUCUAGCAGACCUACAGUCAUGACAACGUUGCCGAGGAAGAUGCUUGUUGAUGGGGAGGUGGGAAAUUCCGGUGAAGAAGAGGCUCACUAUGAUUUUGACUUGUUUGUCAUCGGAGCUGGCAGUGGAGGUGUUCGAGCUGCUAGGUUUUCUGCUAAUUUUGGAGCUAAGGUUGGGAUCUGCGAGCUUCCAUUUCAUCCAAUCAGCUCAGAAGUAAUAGGAGGAGUUGGUGGGACUUGUGUAAUCCGUGGUUGUGUUCCCAAGAAGAUUUUGGUAUAUGGAGCAUCUUUUGGAGGUGAAAUUGAGGAUGCAAGGAACUAUGGGUGGGAAAUAAAUGAGAAAGUCGACUUCAAUUGGAAGAAGCCUUUGGAGAAAAAGACUGAUGAAAUAAUCAGGUUGCAUGGAAUUUACAAGCGAUUAUUGUCAAAUGUUGGGGUCAAAUUGUUUGAAGGAGAGGGUAAGAUUGUUGGUCCUAAUGAAGUGGAGGUAACACAACUAGAUGGCACCAAAUUGAGCUAUUCGGCAAAGCACAUACUCAUUGCAACAGGCAGUCGGGCCCAACGCCCAAAUAUCCCUGGGCAGGAGUUAGGGAUAACCUCUGAUGAGGCGUUGAGCCUGGAAGAUUUACCCAAGCGCGCUGUGGUGCUUGGUGGAGGGUACAUUGCUGUUGAGUUUGCUUCAAUAUGGCGCGGCUUUGGUGCCACUGUAGAUCUAUUUUUCAGAAGGGAACUUCCAUUAAGAGGUUUUGAUGCUGAAAUGCGAGCUGUUGUUGCAAGAAAUUUGGAAGGCAGGGGAAUUAAUUUACACCCCCAGACAAAUUUAACAGAGCUGAUUAAAACAGAGAAUGGCAUAAAAGUACGAACAAAUCAUGGUGAAGAAUUGAUGGCAGAUCUCGUACUCUUUGCUACAGGUAGGGCACCUAAUACAAAGAGGCUGAAUUUGGAAGCCGUAGGUGUGGAACUUGACCAAACAGGAGCUGUGAAGGUGGAUGAGUACUCACGCACUAACAUACCUAGCAUAUGGGCUGUUGGUGAUGUCACAAACCGAAUGAAUCUUACCCCUGUGGCACUGAUGGAGGGAACCUGCUUUGCGAAAACUGUUUUUGGUAACCAACCGUCCAAGCCGGACUACAUUCACAUACCUUGUGCAGUGUUUAGCAUACCUCCUCUUUCUGUAGUGGGCCUCAGUGAAGAGCAGGCCAUAGAGCAAGCAAAUGGUGAUGUUCUAGUAUUCACGUCAACAUUCAAUCCUAUGAAGAACACUAUUUCUGGACGCCAAGAAAAGUCAGUUAUGAAACUUCUUGUUGAUGCUGAGACGGACAAGGUUAUUGGCGCAUCCAUGUGCGGCCCAGAUUCUGCUGAAAUUAUGCAGGGCAUUGCUGUUGCACUCAAGUGUGGAGCAACCAAGGAACAAUUUGAUAGCACGGUGGGAAUACACCCUUCUGCUGCCGAAGAAUUUGUGACCAUGCGAAUGGUGACAAGGCGCAUUUCUGGUGCUAAAACAAUGACGAAUCUGUAGAGUCAAUAUGCCAAGUGGAGAAUAGAAGGUCCAAGAACAACAUGGUAGCUGGAUUCACUUGGAUUUGAGAUGAUUACCAUGGCUGUAGCUCAAAAUGGAAAGCUAGCCAGAUAAAUUUGUUUCAAAUUAAGAUUUCCAGGUUGGUUGCUUGAAAUGCAAAAUCAAAGUACAAAGUAUGAUUUAAAAUACGGUUUAUGAGAGAGAUGGACCCUUCUCGUUAGGGUAUACCACUA